GUUAUUGGCAGUCGCUUGCCUGAUGAACGAUGGGGUGAGAAAAAUUUAAUGUAUUGGUCUGAUACCGGGGUUUCUCUUUUGUUCAUUUUUUCCCCCACUUCUAUGUGGUACGAAGGGUUAUGUUCUUUCAGUUUUCGGUUAGUUCUACCUUGUUCUACGGUUCACAUAUCAUGGUUCUGCUGGGCUCUUUUUUUACCUUUCACUUUUUCUGCGCACAUCAUGGGCUUAGUUUCGCGCGGGUAUAGGUGCGCAUAGGGAUGUCUGUACCGGUUUGGCGAUUUCGAGUUUCUCCCUUUCUCUUUCAUAUCUUUGAAAACGAAGGGCGAUCGAUGCAUGGGUUAGCUUUGAAUUGGCUUGUAUUGGGUGGUUAUGGUACUUUAGAUCGGAGAAGCGGAAGAAAUGAUUCUGAAAAAAAAAAAACAAUCUUACAUGGUGGAAAGAGGAAAAUAGCAAACAGAAAAGACGGAAAAAACAAGGGUCUUUCAGUCCUUUCUAAAUUUUUUUUUUCAUUUUUUUUUUCAUUCUCAUCCGUUCUCUCUUUCUACCUCCCUCCCUCUUUUUGUCUCGCGUUGUAUCAUACUGUUUCUUUCGCCUGGUUCCGACCCUUUCUUAUAUAUUUUUCUUCCCCUCUUUUUUACCCUUUUUCUUUUCUUUUUCCUUGGGGAGCAAGCAUGUAGAAUUGGUGAUGGUUUGAGUUGUCUUGAAUUUUGGAAGUUGGGAGAGCGGAUAGAAUGGGGUGAUACCGGGAGUCUUAUAUCGAUUUGUUUUUUUCCUUUUCCUUUCUUUUUUGCUUCUGCACUGCAUGCAUUCUUAUGCCGUAGUCCACGGUGCGAUCUUGGGGCUUGAGCUUUUCUUGGAUGGAUGUGGCAGGUAAACGUAACGCAAGCGACCUGCCUGUAGUCAAGUCGAUGAUCCAAGCCUGACGUCUGAAGCACCCUUCGCCUGCUCGCUUGGGAACAAGAAUUGCGGGGAAAAGAUCGGCGUGAGCUUGAAUAUUUCCCGAAACAAGUACGAGUACCGUAAAUACGAUCAUUGCCGAGUCUUGGCCACUCACAUGUUGACGACGUCAAGUCUGCGAACACGCUCGCUCACGUCAGAGACCUUGAUGAAAUAGCUUGCACACACACACACACACCCAAGAAGGGAGAGAGAGAGAGAGAGAGAGAGAGAUAGCAGGAACAGAGCAAACAGAUGAAUUUAGUCUACCGUAUUGUACUCGAGCACUCAUAUCCAUUUCUUUAAAGUCGGAUUGGGGCUAAGGAUAACCGAACCAACAAGGAAGGUGCAGAAGACCACCAGAUCGCCGCACUUUAAGCAAGCGGCGAAAGGCGCCUGCGGACAGACUGCCCUAGCGCGAAAUCCGACUUUUUCAAGAGAUAAUAUCAUAUCAUAUCAUACCUUACGGCUAUGGCAGGAGAAGAGUCGAUGUAGUAAUGACGACAUCCACCUUCCGAUGUGCUCGAGUACCUUACCUUACAAUCACCCACCAGCCUUUCUGGACUACCGGUAUUGGGUCCUGUGAAAUGCCUUGAUUUCCCAUCCCCCCAUCCCCCCAUCCCCCCCCAGCAGAAACCUAGUAGGAAGAGUGGAACAAAAAUUGUAAUAUAAUAUAAUCCCAAUCAACCGCACUCUUAUCCAAUCCUCCCAAUGAGCACAAGAGUCCCCCGAUGCACCCGUCACAAACCCACUAAAUCGUGCAGCCAGCGAUUCACCCGCUCAGUUCACCACCACAACGAAGAUGUCCGCAACCACAGCUAAGGACCUCGACAGGUCCCAGCGAGAGCCGCUCGUGGCAAACCCCUCCGACCCAAGCAGGGCCCAAAAGGAGGCUGCCAUUAGGAGUAAACUUAGGACUUAUGAGGCGCUGCUAGCGGUGAGGGAGGGGUACAUGCCGAGCACUGAGCAGAUCACGGCAUGGGCCAGAUAUGCGCUUAGAGCCAGUGGGGUGCUGGAUAGUAGGAAUAGGAGAUUGAGUGCGCAGGGUCGGGGGUUUGUUAGGGAUUUGAGGGCUUGGGUUGAGGCGGUCGUUGAGGUUGGCCUGGGUAAGAAUGUGAGUGAUACAUCGAAUUUGGACCUCUAGGAGUGCUUUCUAAUAUGAGGGGAAUAGUCGGACGAUAAGAUUCAGGAGUUUAUUUGGCAUACUUCGAACGCCCGGAUCGAUGUUUGUGGGCCGAAUAUGAGGGGUGCUGGAGGUGCGGUCGCAGGGGCAACACCCUCAGGAAAGGAUAUGAAGAAGAGUGUGUAGCUUUCCAUUGAGCGAUAUGAGGGCAGCCAUGGCUAACUGCACACAGUAUAUUCAAAGAUGAGGCUACUGGGAAGUCUCCUCUACUCCAGCCCCGAGUUUAGGAAGCUACUGAACGACACCACCAGUACAUCUCCCUCGCUCCCGUGGUCCUGCCAACGCUAACAAACCCAGUUGUCUGCCGCGACAUAUUCGCCGAUGCUGCCUCCUUCGCCGCAAACGUUGCUAGCUCCGCGGCGGAAAAAGCUCGCCCGGGAGGAGACAUUUCGCAAAUCGAGAAACCUGCCGAACCCGCACUCGGUGAUCCGAAUGCAAGUCCAGACAUUCCUUCCGCAUCACGGAUCCGCUCUAUGGCAAAGGAUAAAGGAAUCUCCUACGUGGAAACCCUCCGUGAGCAGACUUCCCGGUCACGCUACGACAUGGAGGCCUACCUGCGUGAGAAAUUUCCAAAGCAGCGUCGGGAUGCGGUGAUCAACAGGCUCAAGUGCACUAUCAGCGAGAUCCAGAAGAACUCUGACUUCAAUGACACCGUGGACUUUUUGAUAGAGAUGGCCCAUAAGUACAUUGGUAGGAUGACGGACAGUCUCAAAGAAACUAGCACGCAGAAGCCUGCGAUCCAGACCGACGAGCACUUUGACCGGGCGGUCCAGGAUAUGAAGGUACCUUUCCUCAAUCUAUCGAGUGAUGAACUAUGAUUUCUGACUGUAAGAAAGGCCAUCUUAAUGGUCUUCGCGGACGGCAAGCCCCUCGAUGACAUCCACUCCGCCGCGGAAAAGGUAGUCCAAGACAUUCAAUCAGAUGAAGAUCUCCAGGGCUUCUACAACCACAUCUCCAACUUCCUCAACCGGGCCCUCAAGGAAAAAGACUUCAUAACUUCAGACGCGGCUGACGCGGAAGCGCACGGUUUGUAUGACCGCUCCACUACCCUUCUGCAGGAAAAGACGGAUGCCUACCAACCAGACAUGCACGCGCUCUUCCAGGAAAUAACCGCCUUCCUAAACGCCAUCUCCCAAGACCGCGAGAACCGUCGGGUGGUCGAGGCGUCCAAGAAGGUCUUUAACGACCUAGUGAUCUUGGAUUCCCAAGCCAACUUCAAAGGCUUCAAACGCCGUGUGGUGCACGACAUCCUGGACGUUUUGCUUCCCAAACUCGUCGGCGAGGUUCACUACGUACCAAUACCUAGGGUAGAGUAUCAAGAUCGGGACUACGACCUCAUCCUCGAAAACCUGAUCCUCGAAAGCGACCAUUUUAUCCCUUACAAGACACUCUUUGAGGCCGUCACCCGGGCAGAGUUUGUGAAUGAGUAUGUCUUCUCAAGCCACUACUCCGGGACCAGCAAGUUGCGCGCUCAGGGGAUCAACAUGUUCGCAAAGGACAUGGCCUUCAUAGUCCGGAAGAAGACCGGUCUGGUCACGUUCGAGGACCGCGGAUUCCUAGAUGUGUAUUUAGAUGGCAGGGGAGCCGACGCUGAGAUCAUCCUCGAAAGCCACUCUGAUGAUGAAGAUGAGGAGGACGAUGGUGACGGUGUGUAUGGCAGCGGGCGCUACUUCCAAGUGAAAAGCGUGAAAGUCAACAUCCACAACUUCAGGUACAAGUAUAAUGCGUACCAUACGUGGGCUGCAGCACUCCUAUCCCCUGUUGUCCGCCCUAUGGUGCGGAAGCUCGUGGCUAGCAUACUGGAGCAAAAGAUAAAGCACACCUUCGAAAUGGCGGAUAGGGAGAUUCGUGGCGUUGUGGAGCGCAUGAGGGUCGCAUCUAUAGCUACCAGCGGCGGCGGCGGGAGCCUCGAAGGGUGGAUCGGAGCAAUCCUUUCGCGUCCGCCGGGACAUAGGGGUGGUGUUGGCAGUGGUGCGGGGGUGAGAAGCGCGAGGGCGGGAAGAGGUGGUUAUAGGGUUAGCAUCGGCGAGGACGAUAUAUUCCCGGGCGAAUUCCCACCCGGUGGGAUCAUGGGCAAGAUUAAGGACUCUACCGAGAGGGUUGUAGCACUUGGCGAGGAGGGUGGGUGGAGGAAUGAUGUUUUCGAUCUUAAGACAUGAGGCAUGGUUGUUGUAGAGUGUGUGAGCGUUGCACCAAAAUUGAACACCUGGUGGGAAAGAUGGUAGGGUAUCUUUUGGGGGGGUCAAAUUGCAUAGUCUAUGAUAUGUAUUAAUUAAUGCUCCAUUCGGUGCCAUCCUGAGUAUAAUAAAAGUAUGGCAGUG